GUUGAUGGUUGUUCACAAACAAAACCAAAACAAAACGAAAAGUCUUAAACUUUCAAUAUUAUCAAUAUAACAAAUAAGUUAAUUAAUCUUGAAGAAGUUGCGAAAUGCCAAAAAUCAUAUCAAAGUCGAUAGUUUGCUCAGAUUCCUCAAAAGAUGAUCUAAAACAUGAAUACCAGGAAGAAAAACUUAAAACAUUUUAUUGUAUAUGUGGACAAUUAUCUUUGAUUGGAAAUGUCAUACUUGAAAGACUUCCUCUUAGAAAAGUUGAUGGGGCUCGUGUUUUAGAUCCAAAAAUUAACGCACACAAAAUCACAACAGCAGAACAUCCAGAAAAGAUAUACAUAAAACGGGAAGAAGGAAUUGAAGUACAGAAACGAUAUAAUUGCAAAAAGUGUUCUCUUCCUCUAUUUUAUCGUUGCGACAAUCCCUCCAUUACCUUCAUAAUUUCAAAAUCACUUCGAGGAAAAGCUGACAUCACUGAUGCUCGUCAAAUCCAAGGACAACAAAGCAAAAUCUUCAUCAAAAAGCAAACGAAAAAUAUGGGAAAAUUCUCAUCAGUCACCGUCAGUACAAUAGAGGAUGAAGAAGAUGAGAUCGCUGAAAAAGAAAUUGCUGAUAGUUUUGCUGCAAACGCUAAAAUAAUUGAAAAACAAUUAGAAAGGCGAAUGGCCAAGAAACUUCAGAGUUCUGAAGCAGAAGAGUAUACGAGUAAAGCUAAGAAGCCUCGAGGAACAUUACUCUAAGAGUUAUGCUUAAUUAAAUUUUCAAUAUUAUUUUAUAAGUUUGAAAUAAAGAAA